AUGUGUGCAGAGUGGUUAAAGAAAUUAGUGGCCCUGGCGUUGGUCUUCGCAAGCUUUGAUCCGGCUGUCGGCACGGAAGCCACCAACCCUCCGGAAGGUGCCCAAGACAGAGCCCCUCAGCAAAAAGGGCGGCUGUCCUUGCAAAAUACAGCUGAAAUCCAGCACUGUUUGGUCAAUGCUGGCGAUGUGGGGUGCAGUGUGUUUGAGUGCUUUGAAAACAACUCCUGUGAGAUUCGAGGCUUACAUGAGAUCUGCAUGACGUUCCUCCACAAUGCUGGAAAAUUUGAUGCCCAGGGAAAAUCCUUCAUUAAAGAUGCUCUGAGGUGCAAGGCGCAUGCCUUACGGCACAAAUUCAGCUGCAUCAGCCGCAAGUGCCCCGCUAUCAAGGAGAUGGUGUUCCAGCUGCAGCGAGAAUGUUACCAGAAGCAUGACCUCUGCUCAGCUGCCAAGGAGAAUGUUCAGGUCAUUGUGGAGAUGAUUCACUUCAAAGACCUGCUACAGCACGAGCCGUAUGUCGACUUAGUGAACAUCCUACUCACUUGUGGAGAGGAGGUCAAAGAGGCCAUCACACAGAGUGUCCAAGCCCAGUGUGAACAGAACUGGGGGAGCCUGUGUUCCAUCCUGAGUUUCUGCACCUCCGUCCCACAUGGAGAUUCCAUCCUGGAACCCGAGAAGAAGCCAAAUGAAGUCUCCAGGUUCUCCCUUAGCCAAGGGGACAUUGUAGUCCACCCUGAAGCUGACACCAGAGAGAGCUCCCGAAACGCCAGAGGGGAAAGAGGUAGCAGGCUUCCUGUGAAUGCCCACACUCGCACUAAAGCUGGGGGCCACAAUCCCAAAGCAGCUCACGGGAUCAUCGAGCAGGCAGAUGAACUGUCUGACUUCUCUGACAUCCGAAGGUGAAAGGAGGAUACAGCCCUUCCUUCCCCCUCCACCAGAAACUUCCUCCACUGAGUUCAUCUUAUCUAGGGGCAUUCCAAAAUAUUUACAAUAUAGAUGGGGUGGUGUCAGGCAUAGGGCAUUGUGGUAUAUGUGGCAGUUGACAGCGUAUGUAAUAUCAGUAACAGAGGAAAAGCAGUGGCUAUUGGUCAUUGAUUGUAUCCAGCAAAUUCAAUAUUGUAGGUGCAACAAAAUGUCUUCGCUUAAAUCCCUUAAUCAUUUAAAAAGGAAAAGUAGGAGAUUAGAUGCUGGUUUAGGUUGUUGUUGUUUUCGAUCAGGGAAAGGCUUGUCUAAAUUUUCAUUUGUCCACUUAUGGCUAAACAUCUAGACUAGGUUCAGCAUUUAGUCUCUUAAGUAGAAAAUCAUCUAGUCUUGAAUAGGCUGCUGAGACAUUUGUGAGGAAACAUAUACAGAAUAUUGCACAGGGGACCUCGCAGUUACAAACUAAACUGUUUCUCUGAGCCAUUGUUCCUGUCUAGGUGACACCAUCUGCCUUAAGUUUCUUUUGUAUUGGCUUGUGUGUCUCACUGCUGACCUCUUCUCCCUGUUAAACAAUAGG